AUGUCUGUUGAAAAUGAUAUCUGUACAAUUCAUUUACUAAUUCGAAAUGAAUCUUUUGAAUUAUCAUCAUUAUUGUAUAGUCAACUUGUUCAAUCUUCAUCAAAUUUUCCUGUUUCGAAUAACGAACGUCAAAUAUCACUGGACGUUGAUCCAUGUAUUUUCAAUGCAUAUCUUCUAUAUAUUCAAUCAGGUUGUUUUGUACGACCAGAUUCACUAUCUCAAGAAGAUCUCAUUGACGGAUUACGUAUCUGUGGCGCACCUACUUUGUUAAUCAAUCAUUACGAACAAAAUAAUUUCAUUAGUUCACCAUUUUCUUCACAUCGUUUGACGAGUAAAGAACAAAAGUUACAACGAAUUCUACUCGAUAUUUUCCUUUUAUUUCAAUUGAUUAUCGGAACAUGCAUUCUACCGAUCGAUCUGUAUCGACAAAUAUUAAUGUUUAAUGGAAAUUCACUUGAAAAUAUAUCGAAAAUAUUGCUUGUAAUCGUCUAUUGUAUUGAUAGUGCUUUGUUUCUGUAUUCAACAGCACAUGCUACAUCAACAUUCUUUGUGAAUAUCAGAGAAGGAAAGCAAUCGUAUAAAGAUCCAAAUUUUUUCAUCGAUCUUAUCUCUUGUUUCGGUGUCAUAUCUUAUUUCACUGCACAACGUCCGAUAAGCAAUAUCUGUUUAUUUAAAUCAAAUUUUCUUUGGAUUUUAGUACACAUAUCUCGGACCCUACGUAUAGUUCAACUUGGUUAUCAAUUGGUCAAUAUCAAAUUAUGUUUAUCUGCUAUUUUUCAAUGUCUAUGGAAAUUUCUACAAACUCUCAUCGGACUCUUUUGGAUCUUCAUCUUUUCCGGUUCGAUUUUAUAUCUGUUCGAUAUUGUAGAGAACAAUGAACAAUACUCAAGUAUCUAUUCAACAAUUCUUUCUGCACAUGAAACCUUGUACACGAUCGGAUAUCGAAACAAUGCACCAUACGGACAUUUAACAAGAUUAUGGACUAUUCUCAGCAUAUUUUUCCUUUCAUCACUUGUGCAAAUACUUUGUUGGCAAUUUCAAAGUCGAGUGAUCAUGAAAAUACGAACGAUUCGAUUGAUGUUUCUCAAUCAUGUGCACGUUCUUUCCUUCUUAUUCACAUGCAAUGCCUUUGUUCAUUUGAAUUCUUGUCGCGUCACCGAAGACGUUCAACUCUGUGAUGCCAGUGCUGAUAAUGAUUUGAGCGUGUUAGCUAAUCCACACGGUGCCAAAUGA